CCACCAUUGAAUUCCACCCUUUAAUUAAUUACCUAAAACAUUUCCUUGUCCACCUCAUCAACCAAAUAUUCGGACCAGAAAUUUCAAGAAGCUGCUUUUACCUUCUUUUUCAUCUAGUAUAAAUAAUAUCCAAAUCUAUCCCACAGCAAUCUGACCCAGCAGUCAACUUGAACAAAUUAAAGCUAAGCAAACCAUAUACGCCCUUGAAAUUAUAGCUAGUGUCUCAACUGUCUGUCUUAAAAGUCUCAAACAACAUACCAAUAUGUCGUUUUUGUUGUCCCAAGGCAAGGUUUUGGACCCAUACUUCAAUGGUUUCUUCGCCAACGACUUGGAGUUGGAGUUGGAGUCGUCGUCAUCAGGGAACAGGAACACCAACAUGGACUGGAAAGAAACCUCCCAUGCCCACAUCUUCCUUAUGGAUCUUCCUGGUCUUACAAAAGAGGACGUCAAACUUGAGCUCCAUCAAGGCAGACUUGUCCAUGUGACUGCACACAGAAAAGAGGAGGAGAAUAAGGGCGACAAGUGGCACUGCAGGGAGAGGACAGGUGGCACUUUCAAGAGGCAGUUCCGGUUGCCUGAAAAUGCAAAGGUGGAUGAAAUCAAGGCUGAAAUGCAUGAUGGAGUACUGGUGAUCCGUGUGCCCAAGGAUAACACCACCUCCAAAUUUAAGCACUGCAACAAGAAGGUUCAUAUCUCUGCCACUGAUGGGGAUGAUCAACAACAGCAACAUGCUUCCAAAGGAUUUGGUCGUUUUGUUUGCUGCAAAGUUUGAUUAGACAUGCCAAUCAAGCGGCAUUGAUAAUAUUAUAAAUCGAUUUUUCAUCUAUUAUACAUUCAUUUGCCUUAAAUAUUGGUUUGAAACUAUGUAUAUACAUAUAUCAAGUGUAAUAAGUUAUUGUAUUGAUCAUGUGGAUUACUGGCUGUGUGUAUCUAUGUACAAAUGAGAUAUAAUUAAUUAAUAUA